AUGGCAAAGUCCGCUAACGAUGUGUGGGGAGCGAUUUUUGCUGCCACAAAUAUUUACCCGGCCGCCAUGCCUCUCCUGAUUACAGGCAUCCGAGUGACCAGCCGAGACGGUGUUACCGCCGGUUCGAUCCGGGAGAUCACUUUCGGAAAUGGUACGUAG